AUGGCGUUGAGCUCUUCGGCUGCUGCGUUCGCUGUCGGCAGUCAAGGCCGCGUCAUGUGGCAGAACAACUGCGACUACAACGGCGGCGACAUCUACUCAGUGCGCGGCAUCCCCGACAUCUGCGGAGAUCUGUGUGCCAACAACUCCAAGUGCACGCAUUGGAGCUGGACCUACUUCAAGGGCGGCACCUGCUGGCUCAAGAGCGGCGAGACUGCAGCCAUCUCGAACAAUUGGGGCGCAGGCUGCGGGUACGUCAUCGACCGCUUCUCCUCGGACUCGGACUCGGCGGACCAAGCAGCCCAAAGAUCUCAGCAGAACGCGGACCAAGCCCAAAACGCCGAGCAAAACCAGAACCAGAAUGCCGAGCAAAAUGCGGAGCAGAACGCCGACCAGACCUCGCCGGCUUCCCAAACGGACCAGGCAUCGGCUUCCCAGACCUCCCAAGCUUCGGCGUCAUCGCAGACGUCCGGGUCAACGUCAACGUCCUACGACAAUGGACUCACGAGCGCGGAGACGGCGGAGAUGCUGGCCUCUAUCAACGCGUACCGCGCCGACAACGGGCUGGCGGCUUUGACUAUCGACGCUCGACUCGUGGCUGCUGCAAUGGUGCACUCGAAGGACCAGGCCACGCACUGCACGAUGACGCACGACGGCACCGACGGAUCGGAGCCUUGGGACCGAAUGGAGGCCCAGGGCUACGACUGGACUGUGUCAGCGGAGAACGUGGCUGCCGGCCAGACCAGCGUGUCCGCCGUCAUGACGUCGUGGUGGAACUCGGCGGGCCACCGCGCCAACAUCCUCAAGGACGACGUGGUGAAUGUCGGCUUCGCUUUGGCCACCAACAGCGCCUGCAGCGAGUACAAGACCUACUGGACGCAGGACUUCGGCGCUCUGUAA